AUGUUGAUUGGAUUCCGGUACUUUUUGGGGGGGCUGUGUGUUCUCUUCGGUGCGUCCUUUGACGUCUCUUGCUGCGAAUGCACAGAGAGGCUCCCACCCUGCAAUUCACGCGGUGCUGGUGCUUGCCUUUUAUUUUAUCUCUCCCUUUUUUGUGUGUGUGUGCAGUUGCGGUUCGGCAGAGUACGGCGUGAGGAAAGGGACGAGGUCGCAGGGAGGAGGCGAAGAAAACACAAGAAAAAGGUCUUGGAGAGAGGAGGAGACAUACAUAUAUACAUUACACAAAUUUCGAAGAUGAUGGCCAGAAAAACAGUGACAACGGACGUGGACCCUAUGUUGCAGGACACAUACCUGCAGGAUGACUCAAAAGAUUUUCUCCCAACAUCAGAGGCGCUAGAUCGAUUUGACGCCCAGUUGGCGAAGGGGGAGCCAGUGCACAGUGAACCCUCAUUGAAGAGGCGUAUGCCGCAGGCUCGUGGUGCCAACAGCUUGCCUUGUCGUCGUAGCUUUGAAGCGGCCUCACAGCAACCUCAACAACAAAAACAACAACAAUUGUACCAACAGUAUUGUGGUAGGCGGAGUAGCAAUGACGCCCCCUUCCAGGCGAACAAGGGAUUGCCUGAAGAGGCACAGGAGCGCCUGGAAGACAUUGAAGCGGUUCGUCGCUUGGGAAACGAUAUGGCUGGAAAUGACGAUUGA